AUGUUCCGUCAUUUGCUCCUUGCACUUCUAUGCUUGGCCGUCUGCGGAUACAGAAGCAAAUCCUUUGGAUCGCGGAAACGUUAUCGAAUGAGGAUGCAGGAACCCCAUUAUCCGCGCUGGGCUCGUGAGCCAGUAGUUGAACUCACCUUGCAGGUGGAUCAAAAAUUCGCUAGUAAAAGAAGCCUGCAAGACAUUAUGCGUGGUUUCGAAAAAAUGAUCUACCACUUCGGUUAUAAUGAUGGAUAUUUCUUCAGCAAUAGGAACCUCAGGCUUACAGGAAUUUCCAAGGAAGCUGGUCAACUGCGCAGUGUUACUUUUGAACUUUUGUUAGCAGACUGCCUACAGCUGCAAUCAUUCCUUAUUAAUGCUGAAAUGGAUGAUUACGGUGUUCAUAUGGCUGAUGUGAAAUGUGGUCGUCUUGCGUAUUCAGCUUGUGUGGCGACCGUUUGUCCGGACUUUGAAAAGCGUAAUCCCUUGAACGUUUUUUCUAUAUUUCCGCAGAAGGAAUAA